UAUAGUUAUUUAUUAUUAGAACGUUACUUACUUAGACUUUUAUUUGCACUCUUACUUACUAUUAUUUCAUUCGUAAUAAGUAAUGAUUUAUAUUUAUUAAAUUAUUAAUUAUUAACUUGAUAUUUGCAAAUUUAAAAAAAUUUGUAUUCUCGAAAGUUUGAGAUUCGAAUAAGCACAAGAUAAUGUAAUAUAAAAUGUAAAGUUAAUUUUUGAAAAAUUUAAAUAAUACAAUAUAUGUUAAUUAAACCAAAUCGACGAAGAUAUUGCGCGUAUUUAAAAAUCAAAACAUAAUUGAGCAUAAUAUUUUUGUUGUGCAUGCGCAUUUUUUAUUCUGUUUACGUAAUGAAAUUCCAAUUUCGAAACAUGUGCUAAGCAAUUUUCAUCGUGACACGGUUUCAGAAGCAUGUACUCGAUCUUGGUAAAUGUGAAAUAUCAGUACGCGUGAAACUCAGUUUCAGAUCACUGUGUCGAUUUUUUACGUGCAUACGUGAAAUUUUUACGAAUAUACAUUAAUAUUUUCACGCAUUUUUUUCUAUAUUUCUGUAUAUUAUUAGAAUUCUCUCGUAUAUUAUCUAUAUAUUAUCAGGAUUUUUAAAAUACGCAUUUUUUUGUAAUUAUAUCUGUUUUAUGUGCAAAAUAUGCACAUAUAAGACGUAAAACAUAUGAAAAUAUUUUGUUCGAAUUCAUAUAUAAAAUAAAAUGAAGUCCGAGAAUUAAGUGUAAAAACUAAACGAAAGGAACAUUUCUGAAAAAAUGAAAUGCCAUCGACAAUGUGUUUGCUUGCUUUUGCAAGUGAUCUCUUUUGUCGUGAAUUGCCUUGCAGAAAAUUUAAUACUUAAUAUAAAUUUCAAGAAGCCGAUUGCGGUAACUGAUCACGCAUUUCUUAGUUUCACUCUGGAUCCGACAACAUUGCAGCAAAAUGAUUUUAUUAAAAACAUCGAGAGAAAUACGAAUUUGGCGCGAGGCUUGGCACCUGCUUACAUUCGCCUUGGAGGACCACAAAGCAAUUUUUACAACUUUGAACAAAUAUAUUUGCACGAGAUUGAUGUGAAGCCAAAUGAUAUGCACUUUGGGACACAAUGGACACUUGUAUAUCAAUGGGCAAAAAACGCUGGAUUAGACGUAAUCGCAUGCAUUACUCCUCACUAUAUUGACAACGAGUUGAAAACCGAUUUCAUGGAUCCUAGAAACAUAGCAGAACUUCUCUCUUUCAGCGAUCGCAUGGGUUACAACAUCAGUUGGCAAUUGGGUUACGAAUGCCAAACGAGAUGCGACUUAUCUGGCGAAAAACUAGGACAAUACGUCGCCAAUUUGCGCGAAAUGCUGAAAACUUUCCCAAGAUAUUCCAAUAGUUUAAUCACGGGACCAGAUAUUGUGGCGUACAGAACAGUGCAACAACAGAAAUAUCUUCAGGAUUAUUUACAUUCAGCGAAUACUGCACUUUCUGCAAUUACAUGGCAUCCCAAUAAUUUCAACGAUUUGGACAGCGUUUCUUUAAACAACGACAGCAUUUCUAUAAAUUAUAAUAACAUGAUUGCCGAAAAAGAAGAGCUGUACAAAGUCAUCAGUAACACGGCAGGAGAAAAACCACUAUGGAUUGUGGAAUCAAAACCACAAGAGAAUAAUCAUCAAUAUCUAAAAGCGCUUAUCUGGACAAAAAGACUUGGGGAUGCUGCUAAGCUUGAUAUACAAGUUCUAAUGAGACAAUUGCCAAACUUGUACCAAGUCACUCCUGUUUAUUGGGUAUCAUUAUUACACAAGACUUUAGUUGGACGUAAAGUUUUGGAAAUAAAGCUUCAAUCCGACAACUUCGAAAAUCAUGUGCAUUUUUACAGCCAAUGCACAAAACCCUCAGCGUUAUACAGUAAUGGAGCUAUUACAAUUUUCGGGAUAAACUUAACACCGAGAAAAGUGACCGCUAGUUUAAAAGAUCUCAAAAUAAAAAUUCUUCACAAAUACAUUUUAUCACCAGAUUUUGAAACUAAAAAUAAGAUGUCUUCAGAGCAAGUUCUGUUGAAUAAUAAAUCACUUAAUUUAAUAAAUGACACAAAGUUGCCUGAAAUAAACCCAGAAAUCAUUAUCAAUCCCGAUGGCCUUGAAUUAGAAUUCCCUUCUAACAGUAUAGGUUUUUGGGUUAUACCUAAUGCAAAGGUAAAAGUCUGCAUUUAUUCGGAAGAAGAAACAAUCGAGAACGGUAUAAUAAAAAAAUUAUCAAAACGACAUGAAAAUGACAUUCAACUGAACAACCAAGAAGAUAAAGAAAAAAGUAUAAAUCAAUCAAAUGUAAUAGAAAAUAAUGUAAAAGAAAAUAAAAAUCAAUCGAAUUUAAAAAUUGAGAAGAUAUCCGGGAAACAAAAUCAGAAAAAACAAAAAACUGUUAAAAACUUUGAUACUGAAGGUCAAAAGAAAAUCUGGGGUUUUAAUUUAUUUAAAAAAAUAAGAAAAUUUUUGCAAAAUAGAGUGCAAAAAAAGAAUAAAAAUAAUUCUUCAAAUUUGCAGAGAACGUUCACAAUCGAUUUUGGAGAAGAACAAGAAAAUUCAUCUGAAAAAGUAGAAGAGCAACAAAAUUUAAAUAGAAAAAUAAUGGGAGUCGACAACCAGUUUAAAAGUAUUCAAGAUACAUUUAAAAAAUAUAAGCACAUUCUACUAAAGAAAAAGGCUGAAAUAGAAGAUAUUCAAGAUUACGAAUCAGAAGUCCAAAGUAUUGAUAAUAUUAUAACGUUAUUAUCAAAGAUCGAUGCUUUUCUUCUUUAUAUAGUUACUUCAAACGAACCAAUAAACAAAAUAAAAGACAAAGCAAAGAAUGAAGAGGAAUCAAUAAUUAAAAUAAAUAAAAAAUUAAAAGAAUAUUUUAUUGAAUUAGAAAAUUCCGCUGAAAUAAAGUCAAAUACGAUUAAUAAAAUAGAACAGUACUUCAAUAAGCUUAAUAAAUUGUUAGAAGACAAUAAUUUAAAAAAGGAUAAUAAUGGUAGUCAAAUUUCUAUUAAUAAAGAUUUAAUGGAAAAGAAAAGAUAUAAAAGACAUUUAGACAGAAAGCUUAAAGAUUCCAAAAAAAUGAGGAUACUUAAAAAGCGCUCACAAAUAAAUGACUUAAAAGAUCAUGUAAUUAAACAGAAGAUAAAGCAGAAAAACGACGAUGAAAAGAAAAGACAAUGGAAAUUAAUUUCGUUUGGUAAUUCAAAAAAAAUUCUUAAUAAUAAUAAGAAUAAAUAUAAUAAUCUGUUUCAACGAGAUUCUGUUAAAAAAUUAUUUAAAAGUGAUGUUUUUAAAAAUACUGUUCAUCAUAUUGAUCAUCAAAAUUUAAUCCAAAAACAUAAAAAAAUAGAAAACGAUAAUAUCUACACGAACACGCAACAGAAUCAAAAAUCGAUAUUAGACCAUACGAAGUACUCUAAAAUUAGCAACAUAGAAAAUCAUCAAAAUUUGAUAGAACAUGAAAGAAUAAAAAGGGAUAUUAGCAAAAAAUUCGUCGACGUAGGUCCGAGGAAAGACAGUGCUUUCAGAAAACGUUCAAGAAUCGACGACUUGAAAAACUAUUUAAACGAGAGACAGACAAAACAAAAACAUGAUAUUAAAAGAGAAAAAUUAUUAGUCCCAUUCAAUCCAAGAACCAUUGAUAGCGCUGAAAACAACUUUUACGGCUUCUUUCGGCGAGAUCCUAUCAAAGGAUUUCCCGAGGGUGACAUUUUUGUGACCACGGGAGAUUCGUUGGAGCAAAAGGACAAAGAUUAUGAUUAUGUUGAAGAUGAGGACGAUAGUGAUGACGGCUCAGAGAAGAAGAAUACGCAACACAGUCAAAAAUCGAUGUUAGACUAUACGAAAGAUGAUAUUUGGGUUGAAAAGGUUGAAAACGAUCACUGCAAUUACAUGCCAAACGAGUUUUUCGAAAAUAUCAAAUUAUCUAAUGCAAUGAAGAAAAACUCCAAGACUUACGAUGAUCUAUGGGAGGCAGAAUUUUCUGAAGACCAUAACAACAACAACAGCAACAACAAUAAAAAUAAUAACGAAAUUACUGUCGUAGAUUCAAGAUACUCUUCGAUGUCUCAACUUCCUACAGCAUCAACUUCCAAUAUUAAUUAUAAAGCAUCAAAUGCAGAACUUAAAGGAACAAACCAAAAGUUGGAACCAGAAUCAAAACUUCCUAAUUCUUUUUAUUUACCUUCUCAAGUUUCUACUACAAAAUAUAAUUACGAUAAUUAUCAAGCUUCAAUAAAUAACGACAAAUUAAAAGAAGAUAAUAGUUUUGUUAUGAGCAUAAAUAAUAGAGACGAUAUUAAUGCACAAACUAUUCAAUAUUUUAGACCUACUAACGCAUAUGCAGAACAUUCUAUUCAUGAUGAACCUUUUUAUAAUAAUAGAAAAAAAAGGAGCAAUUGGGAAAAGCUUCGGAAAAUUUUUGCUGAAGAAAUGAUUAAGGAAGAUGAAAAAAACGCAAGCAGAGUCAUCCGAGCUACCAAUUCGCCAAAGAAACUCUACUAUCGUCGUAAUACUUCGGCAUCUACAGCCCAAUAUACAGAUACUUCUCCAGAAGAAAAUAAAAGUAUGAGUGCAGAUGUUAAACAACCUAAGAAAAAUGUUCUAAAUCCUGUGACAAUAGAAGAAUACGAUGAAAUUAUGGAUGGAGAAGUACUUCCAAAUGAAAGUGUCAUUGAGUCCGAUUAUGAAAAAAAUGAUACAACCGAUACGGAAUUUACAGUCACAGAAUUAAGUGCAUUGGAUCAUAAAUUAAGCAAUAUAACGCAAGUGACUGAUGCAUCUUCAAUAUCAGGAGCGAGCAAUAUUUCCGAGCAAUAUGAUAAUGCAAAGAAAUCAACUACAUCACCAGUGGCUUUAGCUUCAGAAGUUUCUCUAAAUAACAAUACUAGUGUUCAAUACGUUAAAAAAGAAACGUUUUUUCGUACCCAAUCAUCAGAUAUCCAAUCAGACAACAAGACAAAGACGUAUGAUUCUUCCCAGGUUAUUUCUACGAUUCCUUCACAAAAUAAGAAUAAUCAGGAAGAACUUAUUGUCCCUGUUGCUAGGAACUCACAGGAAGCAACCUAUGAGAAAGUAUGGGAGCCCAUCGACGAAAAGGAGAAAACCGACAGUACAAUCUAUUCGACAACCGCCGAAAAUCUGGAAAACGAAGAAGGGCACAACAAUGAUUAUAAAAUUGGACUAAAGUCAAUCGAUUCUCUCAAAGAAACAACAAAAGAAAUUGUCGAACAAGUGACAGCGGAAACAAUUUUGUUACAGCAUGCAGCAAGUACAGCGACUGAUAAUUUUGAAUCAAACGAAUCAAAAACAGAAUCACAGUUACUAUCAAAAAUAAAAGAUAAUCAAAAUGAUAAAUCAGAAGCUCCGAUGCAGCAGAGAAAUGAUAUUAACACGAGAAGAAUAAAGACUGAACUGCAAAAUCUUCCUCAUACAUCAUCAAAAAGACUCACUGAAUAUGAGGCAUGCAAGUUGAGACGCGCGGCACGAAUUAAUAAGUUAAAAGAAAAAUUGUACGCAAGACGAGAGAAAUUGUUGCAUCAGCAUCAAAAUGGGCUAACGAAAAUUGUUGACGAACAGAAGAGGAUUUUGAAAAGAAGAGAAGCAUGGGAGAGACUUCGUGAAAAGGAUGAUUAUGACCGAUUAAUCGAUCAGAGAGAGUUUAUUGAGAUUUUACUAGAUGACGAUGUUACCUACGAAGAAAACGAUAAGAGUUAUUCAAUCCCUACCAAGAUUAUUCCUAAACAAUAUAACAAUAUUAUAGAUCAUAUAUAUAUACUUAGAAAACCAAGUAAAGUACAUUAUCCAGAACAAAAUGAUUACCAACGUCUUCAAAAUCUAAUCAAAGAUGAACUAGAAGAACUAGAAGAACUGGAAAAAACGGCGAAAUCUUCAGAACGUAAACAUGACCCACAUAUUUCAAAAGCUGAAGAUAAACUAAGAGCAGAAACAUCCAGAUUUUUGGAUAGUGAACACAAUCAAAACUGUCAGUCCUCCGAAACAAAUAAAGAUGAACGAGAAUCAAUGGAAAGUACGUUUCGACCGUUAGAUCACAAAGUCCUUAUAAUUGAUCCUUCGAUAUAUUACGGUAGUGAACCAAUUUUGCAAUUACACGAAGACUACUUAAAAAUUCCGGAAUAUCGUUCAAAAAUUAAAUCCCAAGUCCAAGAUCCAAUUACAAGAUGGAUAUUAAGAAACUUUCCUGAGGUUCUUUCACGAUUAAAAUCCAACGAACUCCAGCAUCAAGUUUCCAAAUCACAAGAAUAUAUAGAGAAAUUAUUACCAAUCAAGGAUAAUUACGAUCAAGAAAAUAUUAAUAUCUUGCAUAUUUUAGAUAAACAAAGACAAUAUGAUCCUUUAAAAAAACCUGCACAAAUCAAGCUGAAUUCUUUUGAUCAAAGAAAUGUCAACCAAGCUGUAAGCGAUAAAGAAGCAGAUAAAGAAAUUAAUAAAUCGUCCAAUUCAAAUAAAGGAGAAAAUAAUUUAAACGUUAAAAUACUUAACAAUAAUAAAGCAGACGAUGUUGAAAAAAUUAUCAAUGAUGAUUCUAAAGCAACAGAACUUGAAAACGAAAACACGCGGGUUCGGAAAGACGUUGAAAAACAAACAGACAAACAUUUGCCAUAUUAUUUUCGACUAUCCGAAGAUGUGAUAAGUAAAUUAAAUAGCAUCCAUUUAAAAAACUCUUUGAAGGAGAUAUUUGACAAAGAAUCAACGGUAGCUGCUUUGUUGACAAAAAUCAAUAGACCAUCAAGCGUUGAUUUGCUUCAGAAAUCAAAAAAUUACUUAGUUUCUUCGAGAGGAGAUUUCAAAAUUAUAGAAGAAAUUUCAAAUGAAGAGAAUGAUCAAGAAGAUUAUGAAUCAAAUCGUAUUGCUCUUGUACCGAUUAAAAUUAAGAAUAUUUAUAAGAUAUUAAAUGCGAAGGAUAAUGAUGAUUCGUUAGAAAGUAUUGAGAUUCCUGAACGAUGGGACGAGCAGUAUGUAUUGGGAAAAAUGCUAGACGCGAUGAAUAAAUAUCUGGAUGACAAAACAUCGGAGGAAUUUGAAUAUGAAGAUCUUUCAACUUUGCCAAGUGAGAAUAAUAAAAGUAUUCCAAACGAAGAGUGUUCAUGCAAAAAGAAGCAAGAUAUUUCUGUAGAAAACAGCAGUGCCGAAUCAGAAAGAAAUGAACAAUAUGAAAUUACAAGCGACGAACUCGCUAAUGAGCGUGGAACUCUUUUAUUGCUUCCUUGGAAGAAUAUGAAGGAAAGACAGCGAAAAAAAAGAGAAGUAAAAAAUGAGAUCAAUGAAGACAUAACUAAAACAAAACGUAAGGUUACAAGGCAAUCGCAGUCGAACAAAUUAAUUCUGAAUAAAGACCUCAAAAACAAACGCAUCAAAAGAUAUUAUUUAAAUAACAUUGUUAAUGAAAAGAAAGACAAUAUGAUAGAGAUGAAUGAUAUAAAAGUGAAUCAUUUACAGUCUCAAAUAAAUAAAAAAAAUCAUGACAAUCUUCUUGAAGAUUUCAUAAAAACACAAAAAAAGUAUAAUUUGUAUAAUAAUAAAGCUUUUUCUGUAAAAAACGAAGAAAAAAAUAAAAUUAUACCGUUAUCAAAUAACGUAUUGAAGAAUGAUAAAAAAUUAUUGCAAGAAAAAGACUCAAAACGGCAAGAUUACGUGAAUUCUAUGGAAGAAUCUGUCAGUAACUCCGAAAAGAAUUUCAACGGCACAUUGACGGAUGAAGAUGAACAUCAUAGAAAUAAGAUUUCCAAAACUAGUGGCAAUACAUUCCACACUGCGAUUAUGAAUAUAAAAGAUUUUUUUGCAUUGUUCUCGGGUAUUUCUAAAAUGUUCAUGUAUACAUUUUAAAUAAUUUUUAAUAAAAAUAUAACUUUGUAUAUAUUAUUUAAUUCUUAAAAUGUAUAUAGAUAAUAUAUACAUAACAUAUACAAAGAUAUUAACUAUUAAUAUUUAUAU